AGACUCUUCCUUCUCCUCUUUUUCUUGCUUUUCUUCUACUUUUUUUCUCUUUCAAGUUUUACCCUUUUCUUUUAAAUUCUAUUGAUCAUGGCUAACUCUUCUGCUUCAUAUAUUCACAUGGUACACCAUCUAAUAGAGGAGUGUUUGGUAUUCAACAUGAGCAAAGAAGAGUGUAUGGAAGCUCUGUCUAAGCAUGCAGAUAUCAAACCAAUCAUCACCUCCACAGUGUGGAGUGAGUUAGAGAAAGAGAACAAAGAGUUCUUCGAAGCAUACACAAAGAGAAGAGAAGGGCAAGUGACAGAAAUGGAGGCGAAAAACAGGAUUCAAAACAUGCUCUCGAAAUCUCCCAAAAGAGAAACCGAAGAAACUAAGCAGUAACCUCCUUCCCAUAUCCAAGAAAUUAGAAUAAUUCACGGUACUAUGCGUAAUUAUAGUCCGCAUCAGAUGUCAGCAGCAGUGGCACUUGAAGACAGAGAUGAUGAAGACGAGGAAAGGAAAACGACAUGGGGCGUGCUGGUUCAGUUCCUGUAGUUUUGCUGAGCUGGACAAAUAAAAUAGAAAAAAUAAUUUAUGGAUAAUUUUUUUAUUAUUUUUGUAUAAUUUUAUAUAUCAUUUAAAUAAUUAAUUUUAUUUAUUUAUUUAUAAUUUAUAAUAUUAAAUUUAUCAACUCAUUUAAUAAAAUAUAAAAAUUAUAUAAAAAAUAAUAUAAAAAUAUUAUCUAUAUAUCACUCAUAAAACGAACAAAAUGGAGAAGUUGGGAAGCGUGACGUUAAGAAGACAUUACAGGUGGAGACUACGUGGCAGUGCCCUGUUACUGCCUUUGUUUGCGUUGUAAAAUUUUGGGGAUAUAUAUGGCCAGUAGGCUACCAUAUUGUACUACUCGUGUUUCUUCCCUCUGGUUUUGUAUAUAUUGUAUAAAAUUGUACGUGAUAA